AUGUCGAAGGAGAAACAAAAGUUUUUUAGAUUCUCCGCUUUCAAUUUGGUGAAGCGGCGCCGCUGUAGAGGCUCUUCCAGCGAGUGGGAGGGCUGGGAACGGGGGGGUCGUGUGCGUGUAACCCGGGUUCAGCGACUCGAGUUGCGUCUCGAGCGUCGCUCCAACACGCCUGAAAUUCCCGAUAUGCUUGAAAUGCGGGAUUCGCCUGACAUGCAUUCCACUCCUGACGACGCCGAUCAUUCCUCCUCCGACUCGGAGUCCGACUCCCGAGAGACACCUCCGCCUCCGUUGCUGCGUGCUCUGCAAGCCUACGUCCCUCCCGCACCCCCUGCCAAACCGCCCGAGCCUCCCCCUAGACCCCCGCACGUGCCCACCAUCUUCGAACGCCUCGCCACCGAUACAGGCCCCGGAGGAGUCUGGGGCUUUGCCGCAGAAGCUCAGAAGCAACACCAAAAAACCUUACCCACUUUCGGCUCACGAGAGCAAGCGUCUACGCCCCGACCGAAUGUGGCGCCCGAGAACAAUCUUCCCAAAUCGCCCGAUAACGGCGCCACGGAUCGACGCCGACGACGAAGCAGAUGCGGGGACAGACUCCUGACGACUCUGUUUGACGGCCUUUCGGAGUUCUAUUCUGUUCGGACGGCGUCACGUUCGCAGUCACGGCAUCGGCCCGAGAGAUGUAAAGAAACCGAAGACAGGCAGGUCCUCAAGGAGACGAGAAGCACCUUUAAACGUUACCAGGCGGAACUAAGAGAAACGGAGCCCCGAAAGCGGAGCCCGUUGAGGCUGAAGCGAAGCCCCGUCAGAGUGCCGAGCCCCAAAGAGGCCGAAAGAGUCCGGGAGGGUCCUAGUUUGAGCGCGUCGCAGCUGGUGAGGAACGCGGCGGUGAGCAAAGAGCGCAUCUCAGCGGAGGAGGCCGAUAAACUGUACAGAGGGCUCGCGAUGGCGGCUCGUCAAGCCGGCGGAGAUCGGCCGGCCACCAAUCAGACGGAUGGCAUGAGACUACCGGCUGGUGUAACAGAAGCGGAUGCAGAGUUAUUUGCUCAGGCGCGAGCUAAUGCCGGUGGAGUGUCUGGGGCGGAGCCCGAGGCGGUGCCGACCACUCCGGGCAUUGCUCCCCCGCCUCCAAGGUGUCCCUCGGCAAUAGAGUUUGGCCAAUGGGAGAUUGAAACUUGGUACUCCAGUCCCUUUCCGCAGGAGUAUGCGAGGUUACCAAAACUGUUCCUUUGUGAAUUUUGUCUGAAGUACGCGAAGAGUCGGGCAGUACUUAUGCGGCAUCUAGACAAGUGCCUAUGGCGACAUCCACCUGCGACAGAAAUCUACCGAUGCGGUGACAUAUCCGUGUUCGAAGUUGAUGGAAACGCAAAUAAGAUCUACUGUCAGAACCUCUGCCUCCUCGCAAAAUUGUUCCUAGAUCAUAAGACACUAUACUAUGAUGUGGAACCUUUUCUGUUUUAUGUAUUGACAAAGAAUGAUAGCAAAGGAUGCCACUUAGUGGGGUAUUUUUCAAAGGAGAAGCAUUGUCAGCAAAAGUACAAUGUGUCUUGCAUUAUGACAAUGCCUCAAUAUCAGCGGCAAGGUUAUGGGAGAUUCCUCAUCCAUUUUAGUUAUUUACUAUCGAAAGAAGAAGGGCAGCCAGGUACUCCGGAAAAGCCUUUAUCAGAUCUAGGAAGAGUAUCAUACCAUGCAUAUUGGAAAUCAGUUAUUCUCGAAUACCUUCAUGAUCACAGAGAGAAACCUUUCACAUUUGAAGACAUUGCAUUUACAACAGGAAUGCACAUGAAUGACAUUGCUGUUACCUUUCAAUUACUUGGCUUUGUACGAUAUGUGCCAGAUAAUGAUUCAAUGAAAUUAGGUAUCUGUGUUGACUGGAAUAAAGUAGACAAUCAUGCAAAGAAAAUAAAGAGUAGACCUCGAUUAGAAAUAGAUCCGGAAUGUUUAAGAUGGACCCCCUUAUUAGCACCGACGGUAAAUCCAUUUAGAUCACCAGAAGAAGGUUCUGGUGAUCAAGAAACUGAGAAUGAAGAAACUGAAAUGAAAACAGAAAGUGAAGAUACUGCAACAGAAUCGGAAGCCACCAUAACUAAAUUGGAGACGAAAUCGCAAUCUGAAAAAGAUGAGUUGCCUGUUGAAAUUACUUCUUCUGGUAGACGGCGGACGCGUCCUCUUAAAUAUAGUGAAUCAACUUAUCAAACUACCCCAACUAUCAAUGAUGGUGGUCGUAAAAGGAAACGAGAUGUCAACAGAAAAAUAUCGGAAACAAAUAAUGAUGAGGAGAAGAAUAAAGAUGAGGAAAUACCUAAAAGGCAAAGAAGCAAAAGUGUCGCACGUAGAUCUUCACGAGCUAUCCAAAAUGAUAUUAGUGAUACAAAUAGUAUUAAUAGAACUAGACGACGGAGCGUUAAAGAACCUACUUAUGCGUCUGAUAGCCAGGAAAGUCAAGAGAGUAUUGACACCGAAGUUAAAAAUACUCCAAUCGUUAAAACAGUUCAGGCUAAAACGAAAAGAAAAAUGGCGUGGAGGGGCCGACAGACAAAGCGACAAAAGGUUAAUAGACCGGAUAAUGCUAGAAGUAGUUCUCCUGAAGUUAAGAAACCUAAAGUUGACGAAAAAGAGGAAAUUACUGAUUACAAAACAGAUGAUUCUCAAGGACAACAUAACAACAUUUUAUCCGCUGCUAUUGAAGAACAAGAACAGACUGCCAAAAACCAAAUUGUUGAUAACAAAACUGAAGAAAAGGCAAAGAACUCUGACGCUAGUUCAGAAGAUUCAUCCGGUGAAGCUGACGAUGAAAUGGAUGUGGAAGAAGGGGAAGAUAGGCAAAGCGUGCCGAGCAAACCUGCUACACCGCGACAUCUCGAAGAAAAUAGCACCGACCAUCACACCAGUGAUAUGGAGCUUGAUAGUAUACACAUGGACUCUCCUAAAUCUAUUGCUGAAAAAGAUCAAGUUAUAAAUGAAACAUCAACAAUCGACAAACCUGAAGAAGAAGAGAACAGUAAUGUUAAAGAUAUACCCGAAGAUUUCAAUGUUAAUUCUGAAAAUGCAGAACUUAAAGAAAUUAGUGAUGAUCAAAAGGAAGAUCUUGAUAAAACCCCUGAAAAUACCAACGGUGAUAUUGUUGCACCAGUGAAACCUACCCUUGAUGACAAAGACACAAUAGUAAUUUCAGAAUCCGAUGAUAAUAAUAGUCAAAGUUGUCCAUUGCCUUCACCUAAAUCAAAUAUCGUACCCAUCGUUCAAAAUAAUGAUGUUAAUUUUAAAGAGAUUGAAGAAAACGUAAGUCCUAUAAAGAUUCUACCAGUCGUAUCUACCGAAAAUUCCCACAUUGUCUUAGAUGCGAAAGUCCAAGAAGAAGUGAAUGUUGUAAGACCUCCUGUCGAUCUAAUUGUUCCAAAAGUUCAUCAAAUAGAAACAAUAGUCGUUGAAGGCGAAUCAGACAAUGCUACCUCUCCUCUAACGGGGGUUUCACCGAAGAAAAAUGAUAAUUCUGUCAUAAAUGAAUUUAAACAGAAAAAGCCAGAGGAAGAAUGUAAAGAGAUAAUUUUAGAACAGAAAAAAUUCGAGGUUAGAAAAGAAACAGUUAUACAACAUCAAGUAACAGAAGAAGUUAAACAGCCUGAGAAAAAGUCUCCUAACAAAAUUGAAACAAUCAUACAAAACCUGGAUCCAAAUAGAGAUAUGAUGAGUAAUAUAAAGAAACCUGACCAACCGAAAAUAGAUUCUUUUGUGGAAUUGGAUUCUCGGAGUAGUAAAAUGCAAAAUCCAAUGACCAGUAAAGAAAGUGACCUCCCCUUUAGAAACGAUACAAGUAUGAGGAAAGACGAAAUUGUGAUUUCUAGGAACAUAAUAGAAACUAGCAUGCAGGCUUACCAAAACUCUGUAAGCAACUCGAUGACUAUACAACCAAUCAAUUCAUAUUUGAAUAAUAGAACAACUGUAACCAAGGAAUCACAAGCAGUACAGACAGACAAGGUCUCCAUUAAGAUAAAUGAACAAAAUCGUAUUAUAAAUAAUAUCCCUGAUACGGCUCCAGUUGUAAGCAAAUGUCCGACAAAGUUGGAAGUACCUCAUCCCAUAACAUCACCAGUGAUAAAUCCGGUGAUACCCAAAAUUCCAAAUGUGACGGAUAUAAAUUUUCUACCGCGCUGCCAAAGCGCCAACGCAGCAGUGAAUUUGGGUUUGGAAAGGACCGACUUAGAAGCAAAUUUUACAAAUAGCAAUCCCAUGCAAAACGCUUUAAGUGCAUCAAUGAGUAUUAUCCAUGCCAAUUCUCAAGACACAAAAACUGAUCCUAGUCAAAAGCCGCGAGAGAAGAGUAAGUUGCGUGACGUUAGAGUAAAUUCGGCUCACAGUAAGCUCGAAAAAACUGAUAAGAAAACUUCAAAAAACGAGACUCCAAGGAGCACACCGGAACUGAAGAUGUUUUUUCCGGACCAAAGCGCCAACUCACGAAAGCCCGAAACAUCGGUCCCAAUCAACGUAAUAAACACAGCGGCUGUAACAAGUAAAGUGGAAACAAAAACUACCAAUGAAACCCCAAAGAAGCAAGAUUUUUUUAAGAAGGAGAAAUCAAAUGCUGCCAAAUGUGACUCAAAAAACAGUUCAGCUAAGCAUGACAAGGGUUGCACCAUGCAGUUAAAUCUAAAAGCAGACCAAAAUGACUUAAAUAAAAUGCUACCAAAAUUUAAAUAUGACAAUGAAUUAGUCCCAAAGGCAGAUUACACUAUGAAUCAAAUUCCAAAUUACCACACCACUCAUGCACAGUAUCAGUGGUCUGCUUGGGACCCUAGGCUUCAAGGCACGUGGGAUCCCAACAGAUUUUUAGAUAUGAAAAACAAUGAUAAAAACUAUUUGGAUAAAUUCCAAGGAUUCAAUCUACCGCACUUAGAUCAGAUGCAAAAAUCGCCGCAAAAACUUCCGAAGUACGACCAAAAAGAUUUUCACAACCUUGCGUAUGGUGCUUUAUCAAGCGGGAUUUACGGAACAACCGGGCUGCCUCAUUUCAAAGAAACUAAAGCUCCAACGUCAAAGGCUUCGGAAUGUGCGCAAAAGAACGAAUGUAAACCAAGCAAGCAAUCAAAAACAACAACGGCGUGCCAAACGCAAUGUGAAUCAAAGAAGUCACAAUCACAGGCACAAAACGCAGCAGAGGCGCAACUGAAACAGAUGAUGCAGAGACAAGUAAAUAAACAACAGGAAGUGGUCACGAGUUGUGCCGAAUUCAGACAGCAAAGCCCCCAAAUAUUAACAUCACCAGGCUGCAAGACUCCUUUUAAUCAGAAUGGACCGUGUGGUCAGGAGAAGACUGAAAUUGAGAAGAAGUCGCGACAACAAUCAAAAAAGGAAGAAUCCCCAAAGGAUACUAGUAAAGAAGAGAUGUGUGAAGCCGUUAGCCCAGCUUUACAAUCAAUGGGGGUGUAUACUCCUGACUCUACAAGUAAUUCUGUGCACUCGGUCCAGUAUCCAGCCUGUGAACUGGAUGUGAGCCAGUUGGGGUUGGAGUCUCCGACCAGCAUCGGAUCGGACUUGGCGUCACCGUGCUCCAUGAUGCAUAUGCAUCCUGUUCCGAGUCCCCAGUACCCACACUCAUCAAUACACAUACCGUCCAUCAUGUCCCAGACCAAUCAGCCUGCUAAGCAACAAAAGAUCAACAAUCGAAACAGGAGCGCGGCGCAGAGCGGUGGCGGUGGUAGCGGAGGGGGAGGGGGCGGGGGCGCGGAGAGCAAGGCGCUGCGCGGCGCCGCCACGCCGCCCGCGCGCCACCGCGCCACGCCGCCGCACCAGCCGCACGGUGGCACUGUGAUGCAGGGCAGCGGCGGGUACCAGGGCGGGUACCUGUCGUUCCAGCAGCAACAGCAGUACCAUGGCGGCUGGGCGCCCUCCUGCUCGCUCAGCAAGCUGCAGCAGAUGGCCGACGCGCCGCAGCACCACCCGCCGCACACACCGCCCGCCCCACCGUCCGCCGCUCAGUACGGUCAGCAAGCCGGUACUCCGCCGGGCGGGCACUACCACGCCGCCAAGUACUACCCGCCCGCCCACAAUCAGCUCGAAUCACCACGUAACGCCAGGAACGCCACCAGCAACUUGAGCCCGAUGCAGCACAUGCAAAUGGCACCCGGGUCCCGCAUGUCGCCAAACAUCAACACGCACAUCAUCAGCCAGUACGGGCUGAACGGGUACCGGGUGCCUCCGCAGCAGCAGUUCAACAACCUGCAGAUGAUGAACGUGCAGAACGUGCAGUACCCGGCGGCCGACCCGCGCGCGCAGCAGCCCAACGUGUACGCGUACGCCGGCUACAUCAACCCGCCGCCGCCUCUCGCCAUGCAGACCCUCAACUCCACCAUGCGUCGGUAG